AUGAACAAUGCAGAACUGCAAUGGCCAUUGCCAUACCUCGGCCAUUUCCAGAUUUUGGAAUCCAAUGAUGUUUUGGCGCUCGCCGACAAGUCUUCUCGAGCCCUCCAGCAGCACAGCAGGACUUGCUCAGUCAUAUCGCCGUUCCUCCUUUCUGUGGCUGCCAAGGUCCGGGCGACCAUGAACCAAGGCCUUGCUCAUCAAUGGAGCCAUGUAUGGGCUGAUGAUCCAUGCAUGGAGUCACAUCCCUUCUUCGCCAAGACUGUCAGAUAUGAACAACCAGCACUGGCACCAGCACCAGCACCAGCACCACCAGUCUCCCCAGUCCUGCCCCCAGCUCCAGAACAGAUGUCAAUACUGCCGAUCGAUUCACUUCCUCGUGCCAGUCAUGCACACCAUCUGGAUGUUCCUGGCAAGAUGACCGACAAGGGCAAACUGUCUGACCGUGGGACAUGUCAAUCCAGAGAGGACAGCACAGAUGCCGAGCCAGGCAGAAAGAAACAGAAGGUCUUGAAGCAUGUGUUGAAGGCCAUUAUCUCCGACACCGAGGACGAGGACAGGCGGCCGACAGGGACCAUUAUAGUUAAGGCAAGAUUUACGCUCAUCAUUUCAAACCUAAUGCUUACAUUGCCUCAGCGGUCCAAGAACCUUGAAACUUCCGGUGCAGCACCGGCCAAAUCAAAGGGCAUUAUCAAACACAGCAAACAGUCCUCGUCCCUCAACCAUCAUCAGCCGGAUGCCGAGCCAAAGAUCAGCCGGGCCCAGGCAAAGGGUAAAGCAAAGCAGAAGGCAGUGGACAUCGCUGAGCCUAUCAGAGGGCAUCCGCUACUGAAGUCCAGUGCUGAGGAGUACACUCCACUGUGCAAGAGAUGCAUCGGGGAGUCUUGUUUGGUUGUGAUUGGCAGAAAGGGGCAGGCCAUCAAGUCCUGUGCAAAGUGCCACUUCAUGAAGGCCUCAAAGCCACAUCCUUGGUCAAAGGCCACACCGGCCUCCAAGUCCAAGGCCCACUCCAGGACCACCAGAGCAACCUCCCGCAUUCGUCCACCAACUCCGAUUGUGGAAUCUGAGGACGCUGUUGAGGAUACAGGCAUUUUCUCAUUUUCCUCCAACAAACAUCCAAAAAACAUUGAAUUAGAAGAUAGAAAUUUCCUUGCAUUAUUUUCUGUAUGCAAGACAUAA